ACUUUCUGUUUUUGUUGAUUUGUUUCAAUUUUUGUCUCAUCAUCAUCAUCAUCAUUGCCUUUAUCUCUUUUAUAUACACAAUCACAUUUUGUUUGUUAUGUUCUACUUUUAUAUAGCCUUUUAUAUUCAAUCAUCAUCAUCAUCAUCAACAUCAUAUUGUCCUUGAAAUUAUGAUGAAUCCAAUCUGAUUCGUAUUUGAUUUUCUGAUUUCGAAACGACAAUUUUCGACGACAAAAAAAAGACUAAGCCAUACACAAUCACGUAUCGCCUACACGUGAUAUUCUUAUAUUCUUUGUGUUUGAAUACCUUUCAUUUAUUGCCACGUCUCGAAUUGUGAACACCAAUACACACACACACACAAACAUUGAUCAACAAUCAAAUCAAAUCGAUUGAAUCUGGUUAGAAAAUUUUGUGGUCAUAAUAUUCAAUCUUUCCUGGUGUGUGUGUGUGUGUACGUACGAAUUAUUCUAGAAAAAAAUGGGUAUAUUAUUCUCGAAAAUUUGGAGCUAUUUUACACAUGAAGAACAUAAAUUGGUCAUCAUUGGACUGGAUAAUGCCGGAAAGACAACCAUUCUAUAUCAAUUCUUAAUGGAAGAAGUUGUACAUACAUCACCAACACUUGGCUCAAAUGUUGAAGAAGUUGUAUGGAAAAAUAUUCAUUUCAUAAUGUGGGAUCUAGGUGGCCAGGAUUCAUUACGACAAGGAUGGCAAGCAUAUUAUUCUAAUACAGAGUUUAUAAUUCUAGUUAUCGAUAGUAGUGACCAUGAACGUAUAUCGAUUAGUAAAGAAGAAUUAUGGCGUAUGUUAGGACAUGAAGAUCUACGUAAAGCAUCCGUAUUGAUUUAUGCAAAUAAACAAGAUAUAAAAGGUUGUAUGUCUGUUGCACAGAUAUCAAAAGAAUUAAAUUUAACAUCAAUUAAAAAACAUAAAUGGCAAAUACAACCUUGUUGUGCUAUUUCAGGUGAAGGAUUAUAUCAAGGACUUGAAUGGAUUGUUGAACAAUUGAAAAAUAAAACGUAAAAAAUAAUCAACUACUGAACCUUUUUUAUAUACUCACAAAAAUCAAUCAUCUAUUUUUUUUGCUGGCUAAUGAAAAAUCAUAAUCAUCAAUAAUAACGAAUCAAAAUUAUUGACCAUGUACAAAACAAAACAAAACACACACACACAUAGACACACUGAAUAUUCUAUACAGACGUCAACAACAUAUCUAUUCUCUCUCUUUUUACCCUUUUUUUAUAACCAUGGAAUUCAUCCAUCAUCAUCAUAUUAUUAUUAUAUUAUUGUUUUAUGAUCCUUAUUGGUAAUUUUUGUUGAAUUUUUAUUAUUAAUUUUUUUUUUAAAUUAAUUUUCAAUUUUGUAACGUUUUGUGUGGGUGGGUGUGUGUGUAUGAGCCACAUUUUUGUUCUGUGAUAAAUAUAGAGACAACCAACAUACACACACACACACACACAGACCCAGGGGUUUAUUCCGAAAAACCAGAAAUAAUACCAAAAAAAAAAAAAAAAAACCAGAAGCACCAGAAACAAAAA